CGGUUAGCGUCCGCCAUGUUGCCAUUCCACUCCACCCACCGGAGACAUCGACACGGAAGGAUACACACGUCAUCUUUCCCCGAAUUUCGUGCAUCGCAGGGCUUCCACACCAGUUUUGAAGUUAUAUCGUGGGUACCGUGCUUGGCUUCACUGCUUCAAAGCUUCGUUAGAGUCGAGUCACUUCUCAUGGGGGUCAAUACAGGGCAGCUAGACAGUGAGUUCAGCCGGCACGGUUUUCCCACCUCUCACGUCUACGACCUUUCAAUGGAGCUACACAUGUGCCUCUGCAAAUUAAGGAGAGUCAACGCCCCCUCGCCUGCAGUAGUGCGCCUGUUCAUAUUGGGCCUUGUUCAUCCUGCGGGGGGCCAAAAGGAGUGGGUGAGUCUGAUCAAAUUUACCUCGACUACAGGUGCUAAUUGGACAGUAAUCGGGACAGAGACGAACUACUACGAUGAAUAUGACUACGAUGAAAAUAUAACAGGCGAGGAGGUGACUGACUACGAGGAGGAAUACCCGGUUAGCCACCUCAUGCCCUCCUUCACCUCCAAGGGCCAGCUGUUCUCCGUGGAGGUGGGCGGCGACAUCACCUUCCCGUGCCAAGUGGAGAACCAAGGUGACCACGUUCUCAUGUUCAAGCAUUUUGCGCCCAACGGAGAGCACCGCCUUCUGUUUGUUGGCGACAGAGCGCUUAGACCAAAGAUGAAGCUGAUGAAAGAGGGCAACUCCUUCAAGCUGAGUGGAGUGCGGAGGACCCACGCUGGUAGUUACGUGUGCAGAAUCGAGACCUCACCUGCCAUUGAAGUGAACCACACCUUAGACGUGCAGUACCAGGCUAAGGUGAAGCGCGUGAGUGAGGAGGUGCAGCACGUGGUUCAGGGGCAGAGUGUCACCCUGGAGUGCCGCGCAGAUGGAAACCCGCCUGCUGCCAUAAGCUGGAGCCGGCAGAAGGGCCACCUACCGUCCGGCGCCCAGUCAGAGGAGGGUCUGAGUAUCACCCUGGAGAAUGUGGACCGCCAUGUGGAAGGAACCUACAUCUGCACUGCCUCCAAUGGUCUGGGCCAUCCUUCCUCAGCCACCAUGACCGUGAAAGUGAAGUACCCCCCUGAGAUUAUCACGGAGCAGGCCAUCUUGCACACAGGGGAGGGUGACGAGGCUAAACUGGUUUGCAUCGUACAUGGGAGACCAGCCCCCAAAGUGACCUGGAUGCGCGGGGGUCACCUUAUCAACACUGACCGCCACCUCUCGACCCAUGAUGGCCUGCACCGCCACACCCUGACCGUGAAACAGGUGCAGGAGGACGACUUCGGGAACUACACCUGUACUGCUGAAAGUAACCUGGGCAGCACCAACAGCUCCCUCAGAUUGACAGGCCUCCCCCGCACGCCGCGCCUCACCAGCAGUCCUGCCGGCGGGGAGAAGAGCUCGUACACCCUGACGUGGGAGACAGAGAGCCACACACCCGUCAUUAUGUACAGGCUGCAGUACAGGAAGCGAAAGGAGAACCAGGAGACCCACUUGACAGGACAAUGGAAGAUACAGCUUUACUCCACCAGCGCCAGCACCAACCCCAGUGGCCCUGCAGUGGCGCCCUUGUCCUCGGGGCCUCUCAAGUACAUGAGCCACGCCAUCUCUGACCUGGAGCCUGCCACUGACUACGAGGCGACCGUGGCUGUGGAGAACAAGUUUGGCUGGUCCGGGGACUCUAAAAUCUUUCACUUCAACACCAGGAAAGAGGUGGCAGUGGGACAGUCAGCCAGCGGGGGCGGGACCUCGCGUGGUGCCUUCACCCUCCUCGCGGUGUUCCUGCUCGCCCGCCCACUCCUAUCCUAAGGAAGUGGCUUGUCUUUAGAACUGAGGUAGUCAAAGGUGAUUCCUCGCGCAGGUAAGAUCCCCUACAGCAGGUAAGGCGCCCCCCACACGUCCUCAGAACACGGUGCCUGGAGUUGUCCCCCACAUCACUUCCCCAAGGCGAGGGCACACCUGCAGACGCAACAGGUGUGGCUAACUGGCUCACCUUGGCUAGAUUGGCUUAAGUUUUCACCUAAAAUUAAUUUGUGUCAUGAUUCAGGUUAAGUAAUUAAUGAACUGUAUGCUUUUUUUUUUUUUUAGGUUUGUUUUGGUAUGUUUUUUUUUUUUUUUUCCUGAGUUUGUUCGUUUAUUUUGGAUUUGUGUACAUUAAUUUGUUUUUACGCUUCGAUUUUUCUGUCUGAAUUCUCUCAAAUGGGGAUUUUUUUUUUUCCACUUGAUUGAAAUUUCUUGGUAAAUCUCUCAUUUUGAACAUAAAGAUUCAUGAAGGUAUAAAAAAAGACGCUGUUCUAGUCAGCUUUUGCGUUAUAUAACAGUUCUCAUUUCUUUGUGACAGUAUUCCCUCCCAUUUUUCACUUCUCUCUCUCAAAUUUCAAUCAGUCAACUCAUAUUUUCUAUUCAACAUUUUCCUUUUUCCCCUAAUUUUCAUUAACUCGCUCCAUUUUCUACCUCCAGUUUUCUUUUUCCUCAUUCAGCCAACGAACUCAACAUUUUUCUUUGCAAUUUAAACGGUUCAGUUGUCCCGGCGUCCUAUAACCUCAGUGUUGUGGCGCCGAGCUUCAUUAAACCAUCCCUCCCCACGAGCGAGAGGGGAAUUACAACACAGUGUUUCUUCAUACCACUACAACACGGUGUUCCUUAAGACCCCCGUGGGCAAUGAGCGCCUUGCUGUGUGCGGGGCGGGGCGCUGGUCACCAGAGGCAGUACUGGGUAGAUAAGAAUUUGAGACUCAUUUUCACGAGCGUUUGAAAGCCGGUCUUGUGUGUUUUGUAUUCCUGACGAUUGCGAGGUGAACGUGUGGUGGCCAUGAGUGGAGCGUGUCAAUAUGCCAAUUCGGUUCGUUCAGACUAACUUGGCGGAUUUUGAUUCGUUCAGUUUCUUCGCGAAUGAAUAUCCCUUAUGGAUCCUAUUUGGUAUUUUACGUCUUUUUUUCCCCUUGUUCUGCAUUUUUUCUUUCGUAAUUUUUUAUUUUCUCAAGUUUUGAUAAACCAGCUCGUGUUUCUGUUUCAUAUUUUUUUCUUUUCCUUAUUUUCAUUAGCGAAUUCCUGCAUUUUCAGUUUACCAUUUUCUUUUUCUCAUUUAGUCAAUGAACUCACUUUUUUUAAUGAUUUAAAUUCCUCUUCCCUUCCUAAGAAUUUGUGAGUGUACGAGUAGAUCCUUCACUCCCUCCGUUUUCUUUAACACAAGCAUUCAUGAACUAACCUGAUUGGUCGCGCGGCAUGAAGGGGCGAGGCUUAUCCGCCGAGAUAGUGCGAACAGCCGAAAAAUAGAAACUCGGUGUAGUGUUUUAGUUGUGUGGAGGUGAAGGCGUGCCGCAGGGCAGGUGUGGCGGCCCUCGUCACCUCACCUGUGUUAAUUAAAGGAGCUUCGUAACCGUGGUCAACAUCACCUGUACAAAUGGACUAUAAUCAAUUUGUUAUGUGUCACUUUGCUCGCUUUUUUUUUUUCUUUUCUUCCUUUUUUUUUCUUUUUUUACAACGACCUGGUGUCUUACUGGGCUUCUUGUUUUGAAGUCUGAGGCAAGUAUCGGUGAUUCUGCUGCCAUUAGUUACUGUGAAAGGUGUUAACUUACUUUUCCUCUUCUCUUUGUAUUUCCUUCUUUCGUGGAUAGUUCGUUUCAUUAAAGGUUCCAGUCAUUUGUGGCACUUCGUUGUAAAUUAUUGUGAAAAUCGUAAAGUUCUUUUUUUUUUUUCCGAGAAAUUAAUUUUCUUAUUUCAAGAUCCAGUCAUCUGUACCACUUUUUUUUUUUUCUUUAAAAAAAUAUUGUUUCUUAAAAAAAUAUUGUUAGUGUAACUUACGUUUAUAUUUUUUAAGCUUUCAUUUUCUUGGCCAACUUUGUAAGGCAUCCAAUUAUUUGUAGCACAACUUUGUAUUUUUAGCUCCAAACAAAACUGUAUAAAGGUUAAGUUAUCUAAGUUAUUUAAGUAUUUAAUUUUUUCUCAGCCAGCUUCUUAAAAACGCAAUUAAUUAGUAGCACAUUUUUAACAAAUUCUGGUUUAAAAAAACAACUAAUUAUCGAUGAUUAAUACGAAACAAGUCUUGACUGUCAGAUUCUCCAAAAGUCAACUUUUCUGUUACAAGUAGUCAACUUUCCUUCCCAUGAACCACUAACAAUGUCUUCGCUACGUGUCGGGUUGACGUUUGUUCGAGUUCACUUUGACUCGCAGUGUAUUUCAAGUAUACUCGUGUGUGUUACUAAACAAAAAGAGGGACAAUGGAAAAUAAUGAGAACGUAAGAACUGAAACAAUGUGGCUGCAAGAACCAACAAGAAAGAGCAACAAGAGAACAGUGAACACCACCAAGCCAAGCCACUGGUGUUAAUAUUGUAACACCAUCACUUAUUGGUAACACCAUUUCGACGUAAUCAUUAUUGGGCAAGUCCCUCCUCUCACACCUCCGUAAAGAAAACGUAUAGUCAUUAAUGCAUUAGAUUAGAUAAGGAAAUAUAACCUAGAUGUCACUUUUACUUCAAAUAGGCUUGAUUGACUAAAGAUUUAAAAACAAAUGCUUCUCCACCAUUCUGCAUCCAGCCAGCUACUUUUACUGUAAGUUUUUUGUACCAUAACUUGGAAAGGAAGACAAAUAAACGUAAUUUUAUCUUU